CAUACCUACCUAUACAUUACAGACAGAGAAGGUCACUUGUAAUGGAAGUGGGAUUUGCGAUCUUAAACUAGUAUAUAAAUGAGAAUUCUGAAUUUUUGAUUAUGUUAAUAUUUUAUUCUUGUGACGUCACACAAACACGACAAAUACUGAUGUUCAUUAUUCAGUAACUAUACUUGAAGUGUACUAAACGCUAACCUAACGUCGACUCAAUAUUCCCUCGUAAGCUAGACGAUAAUAGCUACUAUAGUAGAUACUAUUAAAAUAUUAAUUCUAAUAGUUUGGAGCGAAAUGAACUGUGCAACAAGCCUACAAUGUAUAUUUAUGCUGUUUAUUUUAUGCAUUGUGCGUUUGGGAUGUUGUGCGCCGCAAAAUGAAGAUGAUGUGACCAAUACUACUAGUAAUCCACCAGUUGAUCAACCCAAAGACAUGGAAUCAUAUUCGGCUGAUGAAAUGUGCAGAAAUUAUUCGAAGUUGAUUUACAAAUAUAUUAAGGAUCCACUAUUAAUUGAUUAUGAGGAAGAGGAAUCAAAGGAAUUAAUCGAAGUUAAAGAUUGUCUGAAUUCCUUAACCUUAAUCGUCAACGGCACGAAGGCCGAACCAAAAGAAUUUCCGCACAUGGCUUUGUUGGGUUAUAGCAGGUAUCCCAGAGAUGAUACAUGGGCCUGCGGUGGAUCACUGAUCAGCAAUAGAUGGAUCCUGUCCGCAGCGCACUGUGAAAGACUAGACAAUACGACACUCGUGCGCUGGGCACGUGUGGGAGAUCUGAACUAUUUGUCGGAAACCGACGACGCCAGACCGAUGGACUACCAAAUCGAUCAACGUAUAGUGCACCCGGAUUAUAAAAAACCUUCAUUGUACAACGAUAUAGCGUUGUUCCAUUUAGACCAGGACGUGGUGUUUUCGUCGUACGUACGGCCCAUUUGUCUUAACGGAGAUCAAAACUGGCAGCCGAGUCCCUUGAAGAUUGUGAUAGCUACUGGUUGGGGACAGAUUGAAAACGCUGGACCAACCAGUCCGGAUCUGUUAAGAGUUACUCUGGAGAUUAUCCCGUCGAGCUUGUGCAAAACCAAUUAUGCGUCGAUUGCUAAAAGUCAAUUGAUGCACGGAAUAGUUGAAGACAGCAUGAUAUGCGCGGGCUAUGCUGGUGGCGAAAAAGACACCUGUGGGGGCGAUUCUGGCGGUCCGCUUCAACUUGCGCACUCCACUUACUCGUGCAUGUACACGCAAAUAGGCAUCACGUCGGCCGGUAAGCACUGCGCCACGAAAGAUUCGCCAGGAAUUUACACGAAAGUGUCCAAGUAUUUGCCGUGGAUUGAACGAAUCGUUUGGCCCAAGUCUGGCUGAAAUCAUCGCACCCAUAUUACAUAGAUGAACAUCGCUUUGCAUUGUACUCACGAAUAAUUAAUAUGAAAACCUUUAAUAAAAUAGUGCAGCUUUUAAUCUUUAAGUAUGAUAUUCCGUUUCUGUUUAUUUUUAUUCGACGUUGGGUCUGACUAGGUGCUUGCAAAAUAUCUUGCAACGUCCACGCAAAUCAUAGGUACAUUGUUCGUAAUAUUGUUAUUUUUUUUUACUGUAGUAAAAAUGAUUUACAUUAGACGUACAUAUACGAAUGUACGACAAGAAAAUAAUAUAUGAACGCGUAUGAUGUAUGUAGAUAUAAGAUAUAUUAUUUGGCUUUGUAACAUCUGAAUAAAUUGACACGGUUAUUAACACU